AUGCCUGACAAGCGGAAAGCGGCCGAUGUUGAGGAGUCUAAUGAUGACUCUCAGAAGCGGACGCCACGACAGAACCCAGUUUCAUGCCAAAGCUGUCGUAAGAAGAAAUUGAAAUGUGACCGUCAACAGGCAUACUCGAAUUGUCGAUCAAGAAGGAUUCCUUGCCACUACGUUGUUGCUAAUGUUGCUCAUCAAUAUGCAUAUCCGCCGCCAACGCAGAUACCAAGAGCCACGAACUCUCCAUUAUCACCAAGCAACAACACCGCCACAGCUUCGCAGCUGCCGGCCCAUAGCAUCGAAGGAAUCCAUCACUCUUCCCAGGAAGUUACCGAGCAGGAAAGAACGACCGACUGGCUAGAAAACAUCAUGAUGGCUCCCCGUAUCCCGGAUGCGUUGCCAAUGUCGAUCAAGAACAAGCUCAUCACGACCAAACAUUCGGCAGUCUCGGUCACAGACUUGACCUCUUUCCUACCGCGAGAAACAGAAGCAAUUGCUCAGUUCAGGUACUAUGUCGAUUAUGUCGGCUACCUCUACCAUACAAUCAUUCCAAGUCAUGUCCAGUCCCAAAUCCAUGUAAUUUAUCAAAACGUACACAAAGCACCCUCCUCAUCGUCAGCAGCGGUGAACUUGAACCACCUUGCCCUUCUCUUCAGUAUUCUAGCUGCAGCUUCUUAUUUCCAGAGUCUAGGUACAAAUGCAGCAUCAGCAAAACAGGUUGAAAAUAGGUGUCACGAGUACAUCACUCUUGUUGCAGCGGCGUUGACACGGAGCGAUUAUAUAAACUACCCCACUGUUGAAGGGCUUCAAGCUUCUCUUCUGAUAAUUAAAUUUCUUCCAAAUGAUGGACAAGAUACCCCUGUUCGUGCAUUGUUCCAUAUGGGUACAUUGGUCAAUCAAUGCCGACAGAUGGGACUCUUUCAGAUCGAUUCAGCACAGAACAAGGCUUUUCGAAAGGCGCACGGGUAUGAUCCAGUGGACGUGGAGUUGAAACGUAGAUUAGCAUGGCUAGUCUCCUCUUCCGACUGGUUCCUAGCAUAUCUCGGAGGUCCUCAGGAAGGCAGCUACCUUGUCCAUCCAGCCCACAUGGCCCUAGACAUGCCCGCAAACAUAUCAGAUGAAGAUCUGUGCACACUUGAAAAUGGGGGCGGAUCUUUACCAGACAACAUUCCCACCACAAUCAAGAUCAUGGAACUGGAUCAGAAAUUGCACCAAUACAACAAAGAGCUUCCAGAGUUCUUCCGUUUGGAUAGCAACAGUCGCCGCAAAUAUGCUCAAGUUUAUGCGAGUUCCCCUCAAAUCGCAUGGCAACGGUUACUGAUCCAGCAAGGGUCCCAUUCUCGUUUAUGUCGCUUGCACCGUACCUAUUUCAUUCGUGGAGCCCGCAACCCUGCCUAUUCUUACUCGCACAUGAUGUGUCUACAAGCUGCACGGCGCGUUAUUGAAAUUAAGCGGAUGAUGGAUAAAGAAUUUCCUGAUACGCCGAGCGUGACAACAGCCUGGUCUGUCAUGCAUCAUGUCUUCAUGGCAGCAGUGAUAUUAUUGUUGGAUACAUGCUUCAAUUGGGAUGAUAUCUUAGCAGAUCGGCGUAAAGAGGAAAUUCUGGAAGCUUGUCGGAUGCUGGAUAGAGCUCGGAGAAGCUCGAGACUUGUGCGUGAGGGUAUCAACGCUAUGAUGGAUGUCUUGCAGAGUCGCUGGAGGUCCGUUGCGAGUGAUCAAUUGCCAUCCUCACAACAAGAAGAGCAUUCCGCGCUGCGGCAAGAUGAAACGGAUCUUCAUCGAACUCAAGCCGCCGAGCAUACUGGUCCGCAAAGAAGAACAGAGGGCGUUCUUGUAUCAACAGACUUACACUCAUCUGCGGAAAAUAAUGUAUCUUUUGCUAUUGACGCCACCGAGGAUGCAUGUGACUUGGAGAACAUGUGGUCUGAGUUUCUGGAUAGCGGUGCCAUGCUGGCGGGUAGCCCUAAUGAAUGGAUGGGGUUAUUAUCCGAUCUGAACGAGACAGCAUCCGUUCUAUAA